AUAUGUCAAGGACCUUGAAGCCACACCACAGAGCAAGAUAAAGAAAGAAGAAGUAGUAGUUCAUGGCAACCUCAGUUAUGUCUUCACUCAGUCUCAAACCCUCUCCAUUUACUGUUGAGAAAACAGCAGCGAGAGGUCUCCCCUCACUUGCAAAAACUACUUCUUUAAAGGUUCAUGCCAGUGGUGUCAAGAAGAUCAAGACUGACACACCUUAUGGAACUGGUGGUGGCAUGAGCUUGAGGAAUGGUCUUGAUGCAUCUGGAAGGAAGCCAAAGGGGAAGGGUGUUUACCAAUUUGUAGACAAAUAUGGUGCCAACGUGGAUGGAUACAGUCCAAUUUAUUCCCCUGAUGAAUGGUCUGCAAGUGGUGAUACCUAUGUUGGUGGUACCACUGGCUUAUUGAUCUGGGCAGUUACCCUAGCUGGCCUUCUUGGAGGGGGUGCCCUUCUUGUUUACAGCACAAGUGCUUUGGCACAGUAGAUCUCUCUUAUUGUAAUCUACUGCCAUUUCUUCUAUUCUAGCUUUUGCUUGCCAGUUAACUGUUCAAUACAUUGGCUGUCACAAAGCACUCUAUCUACUCAAAACUUGUCUGUAAUCUGUAUCUUUUUGGUAUGGAUUUGAAUUCAUGUUUGUAAUAUAUAUUUGAUGUGACUUCUAUUUUAUUUGCAUUA